CUAGAGGAAGUUAAAGCCCCGCGUGGCUGAAGAGCAGCUUAGUUCCCAGCGUCUGCUCCCACGGUGUCCAGCGCCCAGAAUGCGGCUUCUGAUCCUGCUAUGGGGUUGCCUGGUGCUCCCAGGUUAUGAAGCCCUAAAGUGCCCAGAGGAAAUCAGCGGGUUCGAAGGGGACACUGUGUCCCUGGAGUGCACCUACAGGGAAGAGCUGAGGGACCACCCGAAGUACUGGUGCAGGGAGGCCGGCCUCCUCUUCUCCCGCUGCGCCGGUACCAUCUAUUCGGGAGAGGAAGGCCAGGAAACAACGGAGGGCAGGGUGUCCAUCCGUGACAGCCGCCAGGAGCUCUCGUUCACUGUGACCCUGAGGGACCUCACCCUGAAAGACGCUGGGAAGUACUGGUGUGGGGUCAAAAAACUGGGCGGCGAUAAGUAUUUACCGAUCACUCUGGUCGUCUUUCCAGGGAGCUCCCGCCCCGUCAUGCACCUGGACUCCACCUCAGCUGAGGACGCCAGUCCUGCUCUCAGCAGCGGCAGCUCUAAGCCCAGGUUGUCCAUCCCAUUGGUCCGCAUCCUGGCCCCAGUCCUGGUGCUGCUAAGCCUUCUGGGGGCCGCAGGCCUAAUCGCCUUCAGCAGCCAUCUGCUCCGGUGGAGAAAGAAAGCUCAACUGGCCACAGAGACACAGAGGAACGAGAAGGUCUACCUCUCACACUUGAAUCAUAGAACAUCAGAGCUGGGUCCAGAGGAAGCCUUUGAGGUCUCUAGCCCGACCUUUCUCUCAGUUUGAAGCAAAUCCCCUUUCAGAACACCCAGGGGUGAGGGCCCCAGCCCCAGGUGAACCCUCCAGGGGUUGGGUCCGGGGACUCUGGCAAUGCUACAAACUCUAGUGUGCUUUUGCAAAAGAUGAAACUGAGGCCCAGAGUGGGUAAAGGCCUUGCUGUGGUCACACAGCAGGUGGUGGUCCACGUGGAGAACAGGACCCAGAUUUCUUGACUCCCCGCUCUUCUCUUUGCAGAAUGCCCUCAUGUUUUCUCUGAGCCUUCCUUGGCUCUGACACCAAGGUAGCAUGGCUGCCCUAGGACCCAGGCUGAGGGCGGUGCUCUGGGGACCAGGGGGCAAGACAAUAGGGGUCCCUGUGCCCAUUGUCGGGAGCAGGGCACCUGCCCCAAGGCUACUGCUGCAAGGAGAGACUGGGCCCUCCGAGGCCCGGGCUCCAGCCUGGGGGAGGGGGUGCUGCGGCAUCGCAGUUCAGGACACAGAAGCCCCAUCUGGGCCCUCCGCCCUCCACUGUUGACUGAGAUGCCUCCACUCAUUCCUUUAAACACAAGGGCAGGAAAAGGGAGCUAUCAUUGCCUUCUUUCCUGGCGCCAGUGAGGACAAAAGACUCAGGCCUGGUCCCCCAGGGAGGACUUGGGUGGGAAUGGGACUUUGGGCUGUUAUAGGAAGCAGUUGUUGUCGUCUCAGGAAGCUCAACACGGCCAAAGGUGGCGGAGGGGAGUGAGGGAAAAGUCACGGAGACACAUGGAUGGACAGACCGGGGUGCCACUGAUCGCCUCCAAACCAGCCUCCUGGCUCUGGGCCUGGGACCUGGGGCUCACCCCACCUAGCUCUGGAGGAGGGGCUGGGGUCCAAGGAGGCUGAGAGCUCCUGUACCAGCCACAGCUCCCAUGCUGCUGCCUUCCGGCCACCCUGGGAAGGGCUGCUUUGGGCUUUCUCUGCCGAGGCACCUGACCCUGCUUCUGCUGAAGAGGGAGGGGACAGUAAGGGGCACAGGGCCAGCAGGCAGAGGGGCUGGCCCUUGUUGAGGAAACGAUGGAACAGAGCACCCCAGGAGGGUCAGAGGCAAGAACGCUGUAAACACCAUCAGGUGCGGCCUUCUUUGUCUUAUUUCGCUUGUGGCCUCUCCAUAGGUUUGAGCAGAGUCUGGAGGUGGAAUUGAAGGGAUCUGGGGUUUUCUUAGCCCACAUUCAGGUCAAAGAGAAUGAGGGGGUGUAUUACUUUUACCUUGAGAGAGCCUCACAGGGGUGUGAAAACCCUGAGGGAAGUGUUGGGGAUCAGACCAGCAUUUUCUUUCCCAAAGAGAUCUUGCUGGAAGGAUUGCCAUCCAUCCAUUCAUCCACCUUUUUCUUUCUUUCUUUUUUUUUUUUUUAAUUGAACACCUGCUAUGUGUCAGGAGCUUUAUAUACGCCAUUGAAUCCUCAUAAUUCCUACACGAGCUAGGCAUUAUUAUUCCCCCCAUUUUGCAGAUGAAGAAAUAGAGGCUCAGAGAGAAAAGGGACUUGCCCACAGUGACCCAGCCUGAAAGAGGCAGAACCUGGAAACCUAACUGAGGUCUGUGAGGCUGGCUGCAGCGCCCUCUGCAUCCUCCACCCCGCUGCACUGAAGUACAAGGGGUUUGAGGAAUGGCGCCAAGGUCACAGCCCAAGACCCCUCCCCCAGAUUCAGGAGAAAGAGCUUGGGACAGCUGCAGACCCUCACUCCUGGAAAUGAAUAGCCUGCUAAGCUCAGAUCAGAACUCAGCCCUGGCUACCCAAGACUUCCCUCUUUCUUUGCCACAUUUAUUACUAGUACCUAGAAACGAGCUCUGAUAUAUAUCUUGCAUAUUUAGCAACCCAGAAAAUGCCUCUAUGCUUGCUGGAACAGGACCGAUCGCCCACAGUGGAGGCAGAGGGCAGGGGAGAGGUCGCGAAUCACACGGGACAUGCGGUAGUGGGCCUCGCCGCUGCCUGGGUGUGCGGUUUGGCCUCUGUACCGCAAGGCUCUUUCCUCAAACUUGGUCACCCUGGAACAGGGGAUGCUUCUGCAGCUGCUGGUGGUCCAGGGUCAGCAGUGGCUGGGUUAUGAUCAAAUUGCAAAGCCGAAAUUAUGGAUUCAUGGGUCUGAUGUCAGGAGUCCUCUGGUCUAGCCCCAGCUCUGCCCUGCACCAAGAACCCCUCUGUCCUCACCAUGGACGGGGCUAGGAGGGACAAGAGCCCUGAGUGGCAGUAUUUGGGAAUCGCCUUACCGCUCCCAGUCCCCUCAUCUGCCAGCCACGCUUCCCCCAGGGAAUUCUGCUCCGAUUCCUACCUUGUCCCCAGAAGACUGAAUAUGUCAUCCCUGUGUUUCUUUCUUUCUUUAGUAUAUUUUUUAUCUUUUUAAAGUUUUA